UCCGCGGUCACACUGGGUCACACUGUUUCCCCAACAAAUCCGACAAAGAAAAUGCUGAAAAUUGAAGCCCAAGUCAAUGAAAAAUCAAAUUUCUGAUUGACAUUCAGCCCCGAGCAGUGCGCAAAGUGGAAAUUGACCGGCAAAAGCCGUUAGAUUCCAUUUGGGGCGACGUCGUCAACUCCCCCAUCCCCCGCCUGCAGAGUGUGAGUAAGAGAGAGAGCAGCGUCAGUGCGCAGCGAGGGAGUGAGAAGGAGGAAGGGGGAACAUAAUGACCACCCAGAGAACGCAACGAAAUGCCACCAGCGCCGCCUCCACGGAGUCCGACUACGAGACGCUCAUGCAGCGUCUACAUAUCGGGUCCGGCGGCGGUGGGGGUGUGGGCGGCGGCGGCAUGCGUGGCUACCAACGCUCGCCGGGGGCCAUCGAGAAUUUCAUCAACGAUGGUCAGCAGCAGAUGCAUCACCACCACCACCAACAGCAGCAGCAGGCACACGACUACAAGCUGUACGAGCGCGGCAACAUCAUAGCCGCCUCCAAAUACGCCACGCCCAAGUCCGUCGAGCAGCUGAUCAUCAAUGGAGGCGGCAGUCCACAGAUCUAUGCGCCCACCGCACAGGUGCUGGGCCAGCGCAUCGCACCGCAGAAGCACUCGCCCGUGUACGAGAAUCUCGAGUUCUACGGCCAGUUUGACUCGAAUCACAAGCGGGCCCAGCCGCAGAGCCCGGGUAGCCGGCAGAGCGCCAUGCUGAACGAUUAUCUGCUAAUGCAACCGAUUGGCGGCGGACGCUUUGCCCAUACGCCCGUGCCCGAGACGGUGGCGGUGACGCUGGCUGCCCGCGAGCCUCUGGAGGAGAUGGUGGCGCCCAUAUACGAGAACAUCAUACCACAUUCGGGGCAGCGUGCCCAGCCGCAGGCAUCGCCGGCCACGGCCACCAUGUACCAGGAAAUGCCGGGCAAUGUGGCCGCCGCCUCAUCAUCCACUGGACUGGAUCUCAACGCGCUGCUCUCGUCGCCCAUGCACCAGCGCAGCAUCAGCACGAACAACACACAGCAUGCCGCCGGCACGGUGGGCUCGCCCACCCAACGGUACAGGAAUCUGUCGCUGCCCAGUCAUCUGAGUCCCGUGCCACCGCCCUCAUCCUCGUCGCCGUCGCCCCUGCCAAUGUCCGUGUCCAAGCUGCAGCAGCACACGCCCAUCAAGCAGCAACCGGCUGGAGGCCACGGUGGCAUCAAUGUAUCGGUGAAUCCCAACUACAUUGAGGACAUCAACAGCUCGGACUAUGUCUGCAUGACGGCCAAUCUGAAUCGCAAUACGCUGGCUGCAUGCAGCAGCAGCUGCAGGCAUGCCGGCAGGGCAGCACAGCCAGCAACAGCUUCCGCAAUGCCACAGCGAGCAGUCCAGGAGACACCAACAGCAGCAGGAGCAGCAGCAGCAGCAGCAGCAUCAUCAGCGUCGUCCACAGCAAUAGCAUCGCUGCGUGCCACACCCAUAGCGAUGUCAGCACCCUUGGCAGUGGCCACAUCGCCCACGCCCUCACAGGGCAGCACAGGUCUAACCAAGAAUCUGCUGCCGUACAGCGUGACACCGCCGCGUCCGGCUGGUCCGACAGAGGCGCAGCGUAAAAUCGAGGAGCUCACAAGGCAGCUGGAGGAGGAAAUUGAGCAAAGUGAGGAGCAUGGCGAGUACUUUGGCAUUUGUCACACCUGCGGGGAGAAGGUGAAGGGUGCCGGACAGGCGUGUCAGGCCAUGGGUAAUCUUUAUCACACGAAUUGCUUCAUUUGCUGCUCCUGCGGCCGAGCGUUGCGUGGCAAGGCCUUCUAUAAUGUGCAUGGACGUGUCUACUGCGAGGAGGAUUACAUGGUAGGACCCCCACUACCCCCCGUUCGUGCGUCUCCUAACUCUCCUUUACCUUUCUGCCUCCCUCUCUCUCAGUAUUCGGGCUUCCAGCAAACGGCGGAAAAGUGCGCCAUUUGUGGGCAUUUGAUUAUGGAAAUGAUAUUGCAGGCCAUGGGCAAGUCGUAUCAUCCGGGCUGCUUCCGCUGCUGCGUAUGCAACGAGUGCCUGGACGGGGUACCCUUCACCGUGGAUGUGGAUCAUAAGAUCUACUGUGUCAAUGACUAUCAUCGCAUGUUCGCUCCAAAAUGCGCCAGCUGUGGCAAAGGCAUUACACCCGUUGAGGGCACCGACGAGACCGUUCGUGUCGUGUCCAUGGACAAGGACUUCCAUGUGGAUUGCUACAUAUGCGAGGAGUGCGGCAUGCAGCUGACAGAUGAGCCGGAUAAGCGUUGCUAUCCAUUGGACGGGCGCUUGCUAUGCCGCGGCUGUCACCUGCAGCGUCUGGCCCUGCAAUCAUCUCCGCACACACGCCACCAGGAGCCAGUGUGUGCCUCCUAUCAGUAUAUGGGCUAAAGACUGCACCUGCCCGCCCGUCUGCCUGCCUCCUCCUCCUCCUCCCACUACACCACUGACUGAGAGAGCAAACAACAAAAUUAUUCCAAUAUCAAAAUAUUAUCUUAAACAAAAUGAGAAGACAAACAGCAACAAAUGCAUUUAUAUACGAAAGGA